AUGGCGCGACGCCGCCGCGGCUUUGUCAAGCUUGGCGACUUUGGUUUCGCCAAGGUGCUGGACGGCCAGGGGCGCACCUACACCUUCUGUGGCACCCCGGGCUACGUGGCCCCAGAGAACGUUCUGGCCCACGGCUACAACUACAGCGUCGACUGGUGGGGGCUGGGGGUGCUGCUGUACGUACUGCUGACGGGGCGCCAGCCGUUCAGCAGCCCAAAGACGGAGGACCCCAUGGUGGUGAUGCGGCGCAUCGUGGACGAGAACUGGCAGAUCAAGUACCCGCCAUACCUCUCGACGGCCGCCAAGGUCUGGGGGGCAGGGGAGGACCUCAUUAUGAAGCUCCUAGAGCGCAAGCCCACCAAGCGGCUGGGCAUGCUGAGCGGCAAGGCCGCGGACGUGAUGCGGCACAAGUGGUUUGACGGCGUCGACUGGGACGCGCUCGGCAGCAAGAGGGUGGUGCCGCCGCGGAAGCCCCGGGUGCGUGACGGCAGGGGGCUGGGGUGGAAGGGGCGGGUGGCGGGGUCGGAGACUGACAGCGCCAAGCGCCUCAAGGAGUUAGUGGAGAACGAGAGGAAGGGCGUGGGCCGCCCCGCCAAGGAGUCGCAGGACGAGCUAGCAGAGUGCGAGGCCAUAUUCGGAGGCUUCUGA